ACUUGACAGCCCAGCGCACUUUACACCAGCCAGCUGAUCUCAACCACUUAGUCGUACUGGUUACCGCUUUUGUCUUGUCCUUUUUAGCCGUCUUAUUUACAUGUGAUUUCUUCUGGAAAAUGACUUUUUAAGUAAUACUGGGCAAUGUCAGCAUGGAGGUUGUAGUUAAAUGCCAUUACAACUCGUUGUCUGUGUAGUUACCAGGCUAGCUAGCUAGAUCAAGUUGAUAGCAAUAAAUAUCAUCAACGCUAGCUAGCUAAGUGGUAGGCGAUAUUUACAAAGCUGGCAUCGAAAGAACUUCACCUUUAGCCAUGGGGAUACUAUUUACGAAGUUAUGGAGGCUUUUCAAUCACCAAGAGCACAAAGUCAUUAUUGUUGGCCUGGACAAUGCAGGCAAGACUACAAUACUUUACCAAUUCUCAAUGAAUGAGGUGGUACACACCUCUCCUACUAUUGGGAGUAACGUGGAAGAAAUCAUUGUCAACAACACCCAUUUUCUUAUGUGGGACAUUGGGGGUCAGGAGUCCCUUAGGUCGUCUUGGAAUACGUACUACACCAACACAGAGUUUGUAAUCGUUGUGGUUGACAGCACAGACAGAGAAAGAAUCUCUGUGACCAAAGAAGAACUCUACAGAAUGCUAGCACAUGAAGACCUCCGAAAAGCAGGACUGUUGAUAUUUGCAAACAAACAAGAUGUGAAAGGCUGCAUGACUGUGGCUGAGAUCUCCCAGAGCCUCCAACUAACCUCCGUUAAAGACCACCAGUGGCACAUCCAGGCCUGUUGCGCCCUCACAGGGGAGGGUUUGUGUCAAGGUCUUGAGUGGAUGAUGUCACGGCUCCGUGUGAGAUGAUGACCCUCGUGACUUUGUUUAGGAGUGUGCCUGUUCUAUUGUUUUUUUUUUUUUUUUUCCUGCCUCUGGACAAAAGGAUGGGAUGAAAUCAGUUAUUGGAUGGUACAUAAUUUCCUGACAUGGAAGACCGCUGGCAGGAUCUUGUAUUUUCCUGUAAUAAUUUAUUUGACUAAAGACAUUAAACAAGGGUCAAGAAAAGAGACGUUUUCAGAGGGACAGUGGACACAGAGAAAGAGAAUAUUUAAAGUAAAAUUUCUGCACGGUUUUGCUUUUCAGAAAAACACAGGAGUCAGCAAACUGUCUGGCUUGGAACUGUACAUGGACUUAUUCUGGGCUUAUUCUUCAGCUGUGUGUGAGUCUAGCCCAUGGUGGCCUUGCAGUAUGUCCAGACUGGCUUUGAUGGUUUUCAUUGCCCCCUGUGUGUACAGUCCAGUAUUCUAUAACUUGGUGCCUGCAGCAGUAAGCUCAGAUGAUGAUGGUCAAUGGUGACUGAAACAUGCUUGACUGAGGGUAAAACUUCACAAUAUGCCCUCUUCCCUUCAGUCCCUAUGAGAAAUCACUAAAAUAAAGUGUUUUUAUCUGUUUAGGUGAA